UCACUUCACCUCCGCCCUCACUACCAGUGACACUCCUUCCAUCCAUACUGCUUGACUUGAGUGUACAUUGCCGCACACCCGCAUUAAAUUGGCAUCAAUUGUAAAACUGACUAUACUUGCUACCAUAUCAAGAUCGUAAAGUUAAAUUGACUAUUACUUUUAGAAAAUUUGAAGUGUUUGUGAAAUUUAGCGUGUAGUGAAGAAGCAACUGGUCUUGCGAAACAGAGACUGUAGAGAUCUCGUGAAUCUGUGAAAAAUGAGUGUGAAUUGAUGAUGGUAUAACAUUUAUGCAUUGUGAUAUAUUGUAAUAUAGAACAAAUAAAAUUGUUCCAAUCAAAAUAGCCUAACCUGAAAAUCAAAUGUUUGUGCUUGGUGAACUUUAACUGUCCGAAAAAUUGUGCCGACACUAGAAAAGAACAUUUCCGAUUGAACUUAGUGACUGUACGUAAGUGUUUAAGGAAGAGAAUAUACUUACUUGAUAACCACUAGUAAUAGUGUUGGGUCACCAUGUUACUUUACGCUCGCAAGAAGUACCUGCGGGAUGAGCGCGUGUUGCAGCUGGUGCUACUGCUUAGCCUGCUCCGUGGUGACCCUGACACCCUGCUGGGUCCCGGGGGCAACUCCCCCCUAGCUGACCUUCCCCAUGACCUUAUUCUGGGAUCGUCGCUGGGCCACGCACGCCCUUCCUCGCCCAUGAUAAUCGGCGCCGAUCUUCAUCCUAAGAGCCUGGAUCGCAUUCUGGCGGAUUAUCAGCGUUCCGUACUAGACGACCUCCACGCCCUGGGUCGCUACACGUCGCAGCAGCAGGCGCACGCACUCGACGUACAGGCUUACCUCCUCAACUCUCACACUUCACUCCCGUCCCCGCCCACCGCUGACACCCCCGACCACCAUCACCAGCCGCCGACCUCGCCGCCUACCCAGCCCAAUCACCUCUUGCCCGACCCUCCACCACCAGACUACAACCUCUCUGAUGACCUCACGCCUGAGGAUUUGGCUCUCAUUGAGGCAUUGUGGAAGCAAGAUGUCGAUUUGGGAGUGCCGAGAGAGUUGUUUGAAGAAGAUGUGGAAACAUUCACCGAUGCUCAGACUAAGGAUAAGGACCAUGGCAAGAAGCCGAAGGGUGAUACGAAGAUUGAUGAGAAGUCGGAGGAUAAUGUAUGGAUGCAGCUUAACUUCACUAUUGACUCUGAAACAGGUGAACAGUUACUCUCACCUGAGAGCCAAAUCAGUGGAGGAGACGUGACGUUUGAGCCAGUGUCACCCCUAAACUCUCCUUCCUUCACACUUAAUGAGACGGUGCCAGAACUGAACCUCGAUUUCAACCUUGACGAGGCACUUAAGUUUGUUGGACUUAAUUGCUCCGAGACUGGAGAGACAACUUGGAAGUUGUCUGAAUCUGAUAGCAACUCAGACGAGGUUGGAAAGUCAGUUUCGGAGAAAGAAAAGGAAGAAAGUGAAGAUAGUUUGGACGCUCUGAACGAUACCCUGGACGACAUGAUACAGGCCUCCCAGCUCCAUUCACAUCACCCACGAUCACUACAGGUGAGAUGGGCCCCGGGCGACCAGGUUCACCAAGCCAGCCAACACCAGGGUCGGCUGGGCAGUCUGGUUCGGAGCGGGGAAAUGGAACGGUGGCAGGAGGUGGUGCAGUACCUAGGUCUGCCCAACCCCCACCACACCCAGGCUCCCCACACGCCCAUGGCCGCCCACAGUGCCUCGCCCACUCACUCACAUGGGCACGGCACGCCCCUCCACCACCCACAUGCCCUGUACCCCACCCACGACUCCUCCCCGGCCACCCCCGCCGCUCCUGUGCCCAGGGGGGUGCUCAUCAACAACGCUACUCUGCCGCCGCCGAUGUCCGAUCCCAUGUCUCACAACAUCACCUACACCAACAGUAUGGGAGCAUCGAGCCACCUGGUGACGAGCAGCAUGAACCUGACCAACAGCUCGGAGCUGGCCGGCAGCGACCACAAUCAGUACAAGAUGGAGACCAGUACCUCUCUACCCUCCGAGAUGAUGUAUUACCAGAGAAGCUGUGCAGAAGAUUUGCAAGUUAAUGAAUCUAUGGAGAGGCUCAUGUCUGAUGUUCUGGUGGCAGCAGAGAACACAAGUACAGAGAUGAACCAGACCACAGAUGGGCUCCUCUCGUCCAUCCUCAACGAUGAAGCGCUUGGGUUGAUGGAGAUGGCCAUGAGUGACUUGUUAUUGUCGGGCACAGCUGGGUGUGUGCUACCUCAGCUUCAUGGUGAGGAAGGUGUGGACGCCUCCAGUGACUCCGCAGUCUCCUCCCUUAGUCCUGGCGAGCCCUGGGGCACAGUCGACAACACAACACAACUUUCAGACAGUGGAAGUCGAAACCAAAGUGGAGAUUAUAAUGCAGGAAGUUAUCGAUAUGGUCCAGAAGAUCCUCACCGGAUGCCUCCUCUACCAUUAAAGAAACAACAUAUGUUUGGCAGAGGCGGAGCAACAGGAAACCUGGGAGGCAACAGCAGCGGUGGUGUUGGGAAUGUAGGGGGUUAUGGCAGUCCGUACCCUCCACCUCCCACUAUACCAACCAUGGAGGGAGCUACAGCUCUAGACCCUGCUGAGAUGAAAUAUUCAUGCACCAUGGACUUUCGUUCCCAAGGAGAAGUGUCUGGCUCUGGAGUGGAACACGUCCAACAUAAUCACACGUAUCAUAUGUCCCCAGAAGGUCCAUCAGGACUUACGAGACCUACUGCAAGAGACAAGCAAAGAAAUCGGAAAAAUGAGCAUGAACGAACAUUAACCCGGGAUGAGAAACGCGCGCGGAACAUGAACCUCCCAAUUACUUGUGAAGAUAUCAUCAAUCUACCUAUGGAUGAAUUUAAUGAGCGCAUCUCUAAAUAUGACUUGACUGAGGCGCAGCUCUCUCUCAUCCGAGAUAUUCGCCGUCGUGGCAAAAAUAAGGUUGCUGCACAAAAUUGUCGUAAGCGUAAACUAGACCAGAUCCUGCAUCUGGCAGAUGAGGUGAAGGCAAUCCAGACCCGCAAAAAUGAUCUUUACAAUGAAUUUGAAUACUUAAACGGCGAACGGACCCGUAUAAAGCACAAAUUCUCAUUGUUGUACCGCCACAUCUUCCAAAGCCUCCGAGAUCCUGAUGGUAACCCGUACUCUCCACAUGAAUAUUCAUUGCAACAGUCGGCAGAUGGCAGUAUUCUUUUGGUUCCCCGGUCUUCCCCCAGCCACUCUAUGGAUCCAAGUGCUAGUAAUAAGCCUAGAGGCAAAGACGACCCCAAAUAGUGAGAUUCUUACCUUGCCCAAGUUUACUGCAUAAUUAUAAUCCAGGAUUCACAUCAUUGAAAUGUACCCCUCACACCAUGACCUGUCGUUUGAUGAUGUUUUACUACAGUUCAUCUUCAGCUCCUAAGACUUGGUGCAAUGCAGUAAGAGACUUUAUGGUGCUAUGACACCAUGUUGAUGAGGGAAAUCCUGCAUGGUGCUGUAAUAUUCUUUUGACAUUAAAAUCUAAAAGUUAGGCAAUGGAAAACAUGUUUAUUUGGUACUGGAUAUAUUACUGUAAGUCACAAGUGUGAAGAAGCUAAAGUUGUAUACCUUAAAAUGAUGUAUUUGGUGUUCCUGAGGGUUCUCAAUGCUUUGUGAUUUACAGUUAAUAAUUUGGCAGUUUACCAGUAACACUUGUCAAGCUAGAUUGAUCAGAUUGUAGUUGCCCCAUCUGUUCAUCGCUGUUAUAUUGUAUAUAAAACUUGCAUCUAAAACUUGAAAGUACAGUACUUGAGGCUAGGGCUACUGGUAGCAAUUUUAUUGAGUUACAAAGGCUGUGAUAACAUCUCCCAAGUGUAGCAUAACUGCACACAAAUAAAGCAAGAUCUCAUUUAUACAUGUUUUGUUGCUUGACGUCACAGCUUACUCAUAAUCAUUUAAAUUCUUUGUACAUGAAUUUCAGGUUUAUUUUUUAUUAAUGCAACAUGGGAAAAUAUUAUGUACGUAAAUUGUAAUACAACAUGGAAAUCAUUAUGUACGUAAAUUGUUAUAAGUAUUUUAGGUAAAUAUUAGAGAACAGUUUUCAGUGGAUAUUGUGCCACAUUGGGGCAAGGGACGAAUAGGGAAACUUUCAGUGCAAAAAUAAAGUCCUAUAGGCAGUGUAAAUAGAGGGCAUAUGGUUGAAAGGACCAUUUUUAUAUGUAUUGAUCUCAGACAUGCAUGUUGCCUAAUGAAUUUUCUGGAUUUUUUCAGACUUGAGUGUCAGUUGAAUAAUUUAAGAAUUUGGUUUUUCAAAAAUCAAACGGCGUUGAUUGAAUUUUAAGAGAUUGUUUUAUAAAAUCUUAAUGGUUUGUUAUUUAUCUAAAUUGAUAGUAUGUUUUAUUCCAGUUAUAUGCUGGCUCUCAGGUAGAGUUACAAAUGAAAGCAAACAUGUUUGUUUCACACUGCUAAUGGCAACUGUUUGAUAAAUGUGAUAGCUAAACCAGCAUGUAAAACCUUUCACUAGAGUAACUUCAGUCAGGAUGAAGUGCUCGGAAAAGAUUCUACAUGUGAUCCUUCCUAAAUUCAGAGAGAGAACAGUGCAUCAAAGAUAAAGCUAGAAAAUAUUUAAAUUGAAAAUAGUUAAUCAUAUGUAUCAAGAUUACCUUUAACAAAGUACAAAAUUAAUUCUUGGUUAUGAUUUAUACAUUUCACUAAACAUUUUAUUCAUUACAAGAAUGGGAAAAGGCAUUCAUUUUGUAUCUCUGUAUUUCAAGUACAGAAAAUAUAUAUCUGCAGAGUUAAAGUAUUUAAAGAAAUACGAUUUAAGAUUUUAAUUAUAAAACCUGUCCUCUUGACCAUAAAAUCUAUUUGAAAUAUUGCACAUUGUAUUUAGAAGCCUAAUUUAUUUAUUUUGAAUAUUGCACAGAAAAAAUCAUAUUCCAUUUAUAAAAUUUUUAAAUGAAGUCUCUAAAAAUCUUAGAGAAACUAUUAUCCAAGUUUGUCAUAACCAUAAUACCUCCCAUUUGAAAACUAUUUUCAAGUUAAACAAAAUAAAUUGAGGUUUUAGGCAGUGUGGUAGUCAGGAAUAACUUGUCCUGGCAAUGUCACUGCAUUAAAUGCUGUGUAAACAGUCAACAAAGGACAUAGGCAAGUUGAUAUUCUUGAAUGAAUAUAAGAAACCCCUACAAUAAUUAUUUUCACAAUACCUUGACAUUAGAAUUUUAUAUUAAAGUUCAGAUGUCUUAUGUAACAUGUUCAGGGACAGUUUUUUUGUAUUCAUUUUUUCUUUUGAGUGGAUGCUUUUCAGUGUCCCAAAUAUAUUAUUAAAUGAAUAGUUAUAUAUUCACGCUAGAUAUGUAAUUCUGUUAACUGAAAUAUCUGAUGCAUAUGCAGAAUACCUAAUUUAAUUGAUUGAAGAUUUCACCCACUCAGAACUCACACACACAAAAUAAUACAGUAUAUACAUACAGCACACAUUUCUAUCAUAACUUUAAUCCAUCCAGAGUUGCUUAACAACCAAAACUUCUUUAUUAGUUCACUUUAGAUUUAAUUUGUGUAUUAACAUACAUUAUAUGCUGGCGAUUACAUACUACUAACACAAUGCCUGUAUAAACACACACACAAACAGGUCUUGAAUAUACAGACAAACCACUGUAUUACAGCCCCACUUUCUAAGCUACUUGCAUAGUCAAUAACACCCCCCACACACACAUUAUAUAGUAUAUAUUUAUAUGAGAUUUAUGUAUUAAAAAAUAAAAAGUAAAAAGAAAAAAAGUAAA